CGAUAAUUCCGCGGUCACACAAAAUAUCAUAACAAAAUAAUGUCGUUCAGUGAUAAAUUAAAACAUUAUAGUAAACGAAAAUCGUUUAAAUACGGCGUGCCCUUCCUCAUCAUGAUGGUGGCUGGCUCCUUUGGAUUACAACAGUUUUCCAACCUAAGAUAUCAGUACUCCAAGAAGCAACCGGUGACACCCGACGAGAUGAAAAAGUACGGCGUGAGCAUGAAAAAACGACAAGAAGUAACGCUGGAAACGGAGUACGACAAAGUUAAGACCGUGAACAUAGAUGAAUGGGAAAACAAACGCGGUCCACGUCCAUGGGAGGAGGAGGGAUUGCCAUCGCCGGCCAAACAUUAGCUAUUGCAUAGUGUAGGCAUAAGCACACGUUAAUACAGACUGUUUGUUAUAUAUAUUUAUAAAUAAAUAGAUUUCUUAUCAAAUUUUCA